UCCCUCAAGAUGAGACUCCUCGGUCUGCUGCUGGUCUUUGGUCUCGGGGUGGUCUCGGCGGAGAAGUUGGUAUGCUACUUCUCGUCGUGGGCGGUGUGGAGGCCGGGUAAUGGAAAGUUCGACGUGGACGACAUCCCCCCGGAGCUCUGUACUCACCUGGUCUUCGGUUUCGCUGGCUUGAGUAACUACACCUGGAGCGUUGAGGUUUUGGAUCCAUGGAAUGAGCUGUGCCCAGACGAAGAGGGUGGCAGCAGGUGCGCUUAUAACAGGUUCGUGGCCCUCAAGAAACAGAACCCGAAACUAUUGACCAUCUUGGGCGUAGGCGGCUGGCGUGAGGGUUCCGAGGAUUAUUCUGUGAUGGCCGACGACCCAGCCAAGAGGAAGACCUUUAUUGACAGUACCAUCUUCCUCAUCAACAAACACGGCUUCGACGGCCUUGAUCUCGACUGGGAGUAUCCAGCCGCUCGUGGUGGUAUUCCUGAAGAUAAGGAGAACUUCGUAACACUGUUGUCUGAGCUGAGGGAAGCCUUCCAUAAGUUCAACCCUCCACUGUUACUGUCGGCGGCGCUGGCGCAGGGCAAGCCAACUAUGGACGCCGCCUAUGACAUACCAGCCAUCGCGUCCCUACUGGACCAGGCGCACAUUAUGACCUACGACUACCACGGUGCCUGGGAUAAUUUUACCCAUCAUAAUGCUCCUCUCUGUGGUUACUACCUCGACUGGGGGAUCAACAUCUACUUCAACGUGGUGUACACGAUCAACUACUUCCUGGAACACGGUAUGCCGAAAGAGAAGCUCGUGAUGGGAGUUCCGACGUAUGGCCGUUGCUUCACUCUAGACAGCAUCCACGACCACGGUAUGCUGGCCCCAGCAAGCAACCCAGGACCACCAGGACCAUACAUCAGACUACCAGGCACCUUGGGCUUUAACGAGAUCUGUGAAAGGAUGCUGAGCAUGGACUGUUCCAUCGUGCACGACCCAGCCCUUCACGAGCCUUACUUCUACUGCCCCGAGGACAAAAUCUGGUGCGGCUUCGACGACGAGGACUCCGUCUACGAGAAGGCUCGCUACGCCAAGAACAUGGGCCUCGGAGGCGUGUUGGUGUGGACCUUGGACACUGACGACUUCCAUCCGCUCUGCUAUGAUGAACCCUUCCACCUCAUCCAGAAUAUGAAGAGAGCUCUCAGUACUCCUGCUGAUGGAAAAAUUGUGGAGUGUGCAGCCGUCACUCCGACUGGAGACAUCGCUACCACUACUGAGAUGAGUACAGUCUUCACCACCCAAGAAUCUACUUCUACCACCACCCAAAAACCCAUUACCACCACCCAAAAUCCCAUUACCACCACCCAAGAACCCAUUACCACCACCCAAGAACCCAUUACCACCACCCAAGAACCCAUUACCACCACCCAAAAACCCACUACCACCACCCAAGAACCCAUUACCACCACCCAAAAUCCCACUACGACCACCCAAGAACCCAUUACCACCACCCAAAACCCCACUACGUCUUUGAGGCCGAUUAGUAGCACCACCGAGGGCCCAGGUCCGCACCCAAGACCAGACUGUAGCAAGCACAUCGAUGGCUCUGUGUUCCCUCACGAGGACUGCAACAAGUACUGGUUGUGCAUCAACGGACAAGCCGUGCUGGAGUUGUGUGGUCCCGGGACGCUCUUCGAUGAAGACUUGAUGAUCUGUAACUGGAAGGAGAACGUCGACACCUCCCACUGCAAGUUGUGGUUGUGCGAGGUAGACAAUGUCUACUACCCUGCUGUCGACUGUGACAAGUACUACCGGUGUUACCAAGGUUCACCUCACCUAGAGCAGUGCGCCAAUGGCCUCUACUGGAAUCAGGCGCUCAGUAUGUGUGACAUACCUGCCCGUGUCGACACCUCACAGUGCAACAUUCCCUAGUUACUAAUUCAAUUCCUACAACUUUACCAAGACUUUCAGAGCCAAUCUCUUGUUAGUUGUACCACGAUUGUCAGUUACAACUAUACCAAUGACACCACUUAGCAUACAACUAUAACAAGACCACCACUUAGCAUACAACUAUAACAAGACCACCACUUAGCAUACAACUAUAACAAGACCACCACUUAGCAUACAACUAUAACAAGACCACCACUUAGCAUACAACUAUAACAAGACCACCACUUAGCAUACAACUAUAACAAGACCACCACUUAGCAUACAACUAUAACAAGACCACCACUUAGCAUACAACUAUAACAAGACCACCACUUAGCAUACAACUAUAACAAGACCACCACUUAACAUACAACUAUAACAAGACCACCACUUAGCAUACAACUAUAACAAGACCA